AUGCCAGCGAAGCAGGAGGAACUCGAAGAGCGGUUCGUGCAGGCAAUGAGAUUCGACGAGGACGACGAGCAGAGAGAUGAAGGUCGUCGACCAUUCAGUCGCUCAUCGUCUUCAAGCUCCCGCUCGACUGCGUCAUUUGACGAUGGUCCUAUGCUGUACUCAGACUCUGCUGCUAUCCAGUCCAAAAAGUACAUGGAGCGAGACCAGGUGAAGCUAGCACUAGAGCAGGAGGAACGUACGCGUCGCCUUAACAAGAUCCGUGCACGUCGCCAACACUUGGAGAAGUGGACGCAGAGGAUGGCGCGAUCUCCGUUCCACGUGAACCUCGUAGCCGACAACGAGCGCCUGGACGAGGAGCAUCGACUUCGGAUGAUGGAGUGUGCACGUCGUGAGCGGGAGCUCGAGCGACGAUCUAAAGAAGCCAAGAGCGAGGUGAUCUUGAAGGCGCUCACAGAAACGUCAGAUCUGGAGCUACUGCGUCGUGAGAAGCGCGCAAUUAUCGACGAGGAGAAGCGACUGAAGGCGCUGUUAGACCUCGAAAAGACCAAUUCCCACCGUAAAACGGACCUCCUUGCAGCUCGCAACGCCGAGAAACGUCGUCGAUUGGAGAAAGAAGAGUACCGUCGUCGGCAACGACAACAAGAAGUUCAGGAACGAGAACAAAGAUACAGACAAUUACUCAAAGAGAAGCUGGCGUUGGAGGACUAG